AAUCUCGUAAUUACGUACGUACGGCCGUACGUACGUAAACGAGAUUACUUUUCGCGGACGAGGGAACAGACACCGCAAAAACAUUUGUCACAACAUGGGCAGACGCUAUUAUUGUGAUUAUUGUGAUAAAUCCUUUGCAGAUAAUGCGCAGAAUCGUAAGAAACACGUACAAGGAGUACAGCAUCAAUCGCGGAUGAAAAUUCACUAUCUCGCUUAUAAAGAACCUGAAGAUAUUUUAGCAGAGGAAUCAGCAAAGAGGCCAUGCCAGCGAUUUCACCAAUCAGGUGAAUGUAUGUUUGGUCACAACUGCCGAUUCUCACAUCUGACACCUCAGAGAAGACAAGAACUCCUUGCUGAAAUUGAGAAGAGGAAGCAACAGGACUUUGAGAAGACGAGGCAAAAAGAGCAGGCCGAAAGAGGAAGAUUACAAGAUAAUCCAACUGUAGAAGAUUGGUUGGAAAAGAGAUCAAGGAAGAGGCCUAGAAAGACUGAUGCAGAGACUAGGCAAGAAACAGAGGGAGGAAUGCCAAAGGAUGCAUCAGCUGAAGACAGUGUGAUGGCAUUCAGUCUGCCACCUGCAUUGCAGGGCAUCCCUAAUCUUCCACCAUCUCUCAUCCCACCCUCUGUGGAAUGUGUGAUGAGAGGUAAAGAUGUUGAGUGGGGUUGAACAGGUGGAGGAAGACGUCCUGUUUAACAGCCAACACGUACUUCUAUUCAACGACCAGCUGCUUAUCUGAUCUUCCAUCAUCUACCACUCCACCCACCGAAACAGGCUUAGGAAAAAUUAUUUAUGGGACGAUGCAACAGUCGAGAAGAAUGGAAAUUGUUUUCAUAGACCAACUGGCCAAGUUUGAGAGAAUACACUGUUUAAAAAUUCAGGGUAAAUCAAGUCGUUCUCAAAAGCUGUGAACAACCCACGACUGAGCCGAAAUUCAUUCAAGACAAAUAUCAACAAAACGGACUAACUUUGCCAAUGACAUAUCAAAUUUAUUUUACUUGAUAAGUGCUGUAAUGCUAGUGGCAUGCAGAAGAAAACCGUGUUUACAAUAAAUAUGGAAGAAAUGGCAAAUUGGAAAAGUAACGUUUGAAAUGUACUUAAUACUUGUGUCAAAAAAAGUUAAACCUCUAGUUUCUACUUCUGCAGCAAAUAUUUGUAUUUAAAUUCCUGUAUCGUCAUUUGUCCAUCUAAUGGAAAUUGAUUCAUGUGUAGGUAAGCAAUAAAGUGAUUUCCACAACAAAAUACAGUUUGGAUAUUUGAAUAUCAUUUCUACUAAAUUUCAUUACUACAUAGCAGAAAUCAUCUAAAUGACAGAAAUGACCACUAUUUAAUAUGGAUAUAUGUACAGUCGACUACAUCUACAACACAGGUUGCUGGAACCAUCCUAUUUACCUUGGUACGGCUACAACCUUGUUAUAAAGGGACUGGACAAGUCAAAAAGAAAAGAAUUCAACAGAUCGGGACCCUCAACAUUUGCUUAUAAUAUUACAGGAUUGCUAUAACAGCGCUCUUUAUGAUGCAAAAUAUGGUCAAAUUACUAUCACGUUCAAUGUACUUCCCUGAUUUAAUUUUCGCCAUGUCUUUAGCACUCUGCAACCUGUUCUUUGAGUGUUAUCAACAUGACAGUUAAAACUGGAUUGAAACCGGUGGGAUUCCUGAUUUGAAAUAAAAAUCAGCGUCCAUUUCUAUGUCAAACCUGGUACGUAGACUUUGUUCCAUCUAUUUUUGACUACACUGGGGGGACAGCAACUUCAUAAGAGCAUGAAGUACUGUACUGUAUCACUCUAAUAGUAGCUUGUAUUCACGUACUUGUGUAAAACGUUUUUUGGAUGUUAAACAGUUUGCAGAAAUUCUUAACCGUGGGGAAACACUGCUUGUGUUAUUGGCCCUGUUUGUUGUCUGUAAUGAACAUUUGUUUGUAAAAGGCCGAACUGUGUGUUCAAUGGAUAUUUGAUGUGCCCAGAACAAAUCAAGGCUUUCGUACGAGGUUGCGUUUAACAGAGGCUUUGCAUGGUAGCCAUCUUGCAAUGCAGUUCUGAUGUUUCACAGGGAUGUCUCCUUUGUGCAUACUCUGUGGAACAAAAGCACUGGCCUGCAAGAUGGCAGCCAUGCAAACUCUCGAUAUAAUAUGGGUCAGGUGGUCCAGCCAGUUAAGUGUUUGAACUUUUCCAUACCCAACUCGGAUUUUCCUCAGCAUGCAUGGCUUACAAAG